AAGAUGCAGAAUUUCUCGCGGAUAGGGUUUCCAAGUACUUUCAUGUGUUGAGUGAUAAACCCUUCCUAAACCCUAGAUUUUAAGCAAAAGCCAAAAAGACCGCAGACCUCAGAGAAGAGGCCUGGCUCUCGAGUCUCUCCGACUCUCCCUCUCUAUCGUUUUUUGGUUUCCUUUUUACUUUCGAUGGCGAAGCGUUUGAUCCCACUACUGAAUCGCGUUUUGGUCGAGAAAAUCGUCCCCCCGUCCAAGACCCAUGCCGGCAUUUUGCUUCCCGAGAAAGCUACCAAGCUUAACUCUGGAAAAGUUGUGGCUGUGGGUGCUGGGACUCAUGAUAAAGAGGGGAAAUUGAUACCUGUCAGUGUAAAAGAAGGAGAUACUGUCCUCUUGCCUGAAUAUGGAGGAACUCAAGUGAAGCUUGGUGACAAAGAGUAUCAUCUGUAUCGGGAUGAUGAUAUAUUGGGAACGCUGCAUGAUUGAGGGGUAACAUGGACUGUGAUACUUUGAAAUAGUUCAGGAGACAUCGUAGAUCCCAGUCAUUUGCUUGCAAGUAGUAGUUCUACCAACAACUCAAAAAAAAUGUAGUUCGACGGUUCUGCCUUGUGCUGCAAUUGAGCAGGUCCAUUCUGUUUUUGGCUUUUUCAUCGGAUGAAAGUAACAUGUACUUUGCCGUUAUCUUAGAAAUGAUAUCCAUGAAAAUAAAUCAGCAUUUUUUGCUUUAAGUUGCUGUUACAAAAUAUUGCCAUUUGGUCCUAUAUCUUAAUUGUGCAAUUAUGAGGAUGCUUUGAAGUGCAUGCCUCCUUUUUUC